AAAGGGAUAGAGAAUACAACGAAAAUAACAUACCAAUUUUAAUGCCUGGAUAUGGAGGGGAGAGAAUCGUGUCCCAUGAUACUCCUAUCUCUGCUAUCAAAUCUAUAUCACUGUGCUACAUGGGAGAGAAUUUAAUCUUAUCUUCUGUCAAAAAGAAUCCACCCAGACAGAUAAGUAUCAAGCAGUGGUGAAUUUUGAAUGCACACGCUACGCAACUGAAUCAUUUAUUAUUUACACUUCUAGAACAAAUUUGUAAACGGCAGAGUCUUGACUGGUUUUAAAAUGGGAAAUAGCAGUAGUUCAGCAGCACAACCAUUCUCCUGUAAUAAUUGCAGCCAAUUAUUUAAAAUUCUUAUUCCAAAUCCGUGCAACAUAAAGUUAUGUCUCAUCUGUAAUGUGAAUCAUCACGAAAUCUGCUUGCCAUGCUUUGGGAAUCUAUCAUCAACCAGUGACGAAAAUGACGAGAUAAAACAAAUUUUUGUUGGUGUCAUCUUAAAAAUGAAAAGUAAGGAUAAACAGCUAACAUCGUUGGAAAAAAACAUAAGAGAAAUCAAAGAUACUACUAAUUCCGCAAGAGAAAUUAAAGAGAAAGAAAUAAAAAAAUUAAUGGAAAAUACUGUAUUGCUUCAAAAUUGUGUUUUAAAAAUCAAAUCGGAGAAAGUCGUGGUCGAAAAGGAAGCAGCAAAGUUAAAACACGAAAAUGGAAUUCUAAAAAAAAAUAUUGAACCAAGUUUUCAAGUAAAUCCUCUACAGUCUGUGGGAGGACAUUUAACUCACGAUGAAUGUCAACAAAAACUUCAUCUUUUGUCUGACGAACUUUACAAAAAAUCAUCGCUUAUUGCUACUUAUGAAAGGAAAAUGAAACAAAUAGAACAGGAAAAUAAAGAACUGCAAACAGAAAUAAAUCGGUGGAACUCACACCAAUUAAAGAUGGAGAACAGUGGUGAACACACACAACAGGAGGAACGAACUAGUCUAGAUGAAAAAACAGACAGUAAUCAGAUGCAGACAUUUCCGGUACAAGUUCCCCAGCACAUUCCAGUUUUACACCGAAGCCACUCCACUAGAACGAAUUACUUUUUGGAUGUUAAAUCCAAUAGAAACGAUUGUUUGCUGGGGAGAAUCGUUAUCGAAUCCAGGCCAGAGAGUGCUCCAGAAAUGUGCCGAGUAUUUCACAAUUUUGUUUGUGGAAUAGGAGGGAUAUAUUUGGGAUCCAAAAUGAUGAAGGGAAUUCAAGACAAAUACAUCAUCUUCCAAAAUGCAAUUGUGAAGGACGGAGGUGGUGCAAUGUUUCCUGCUGAUGAAAAUGACUUGGUCAUAAGACGUGGAGCAAUUGGAAUGCGUAGCCAAGGUUUCGAAAACGGUCGCAAACUAGUAAAAUCUCAGUUUUACAUAGUUCUAAGUGACAAUCCUCCAAGUGAUGGUCAAUUUUCGUAUGUAUUCGGAUAUUUAACUGCGGGAUAUUCAGUUUGCGAUGAACUUAAUAAAAAAUGGGCCAUGGUGAAAAUGUCAUAAUAUCCGAUCUUGGCAUUUUAGUGAAAUAGCAUUCCCCAUAUAUAAUACAGCGAAUAACUCCGGGCAGUGAACCCGAGAAAAAGGCUACUAUUUCAAAUAGUUCGUGAUAUUCUUCUUUUUGGAAGACUCUUUUUAUAAUCCAUUUAAUCACUCAGAUUUACACAUUAGUAGAUUUUCAUCGAAUAAAGAAGUAGAAUCUUUCGUCCUCUCAGUGAUCAAAAUCUUUCACUUUAUCAAGUUCGCUGACCUAUAUUCUUCAAAUCAUAAUUUAACGAUGGGGCAUGUUGUCGACCCCCACAGAGAUGUGCAAUAUCUUUUUUCUAGUAGCACAUUUGCUCACUUGAACGACCAAAGGAUUUUUUCCAUUCAAUCCAUAUCUAAUACGUCCAACUUGAAAAUUAUGCAUUAAUACAAGACAGCCGUUAAUAUCGA